AUGACAGAUAUGAAUUAUCCAAUUAUUUGGAGAAAGUCAAUUGAUCAGUUCGAUAAUCCUAGUUUAUCUGCCUCAACAUUAGUAGACGGACUACUAAGUUUCCGCCCAAUGGAAUUUGAAAAUGAAACCGUUCCGGGUUUAUCAGCGUUCCUACAUGUUUUUGACGAGAGCUUGCAAUCAUUGAAGAUGUUUGAGAUCAGAGACGUGUCUAGUUUUAUCAUGUUUGUAUUAGCUAAUAAAAACCUUCUACGUGGUACCCGGGAAUUAUUAGAAAAGAAGAACUCCAAAAUAUUUCCUGGUAUUGAGGAUUUGGUAAAGUUCAUUCGAUGUCGUAUCAAAAUCUUGGAAAAUAUAAAGCAUAUACCCAAAGAUAAAUCAAUCGGAAAAUUCAAUGGCAAGUCCACUGGUAAGUUGAUGAUGGUGUCAACACAAGGCAACCCAAACAUCAAAUGUCUUGUCUGUAAGGCAUCUCAUGAUAUAAAAGUAUGUUCAAAGUUUUUGUCUAUGCAACUUUCCGCCGAAACGGUUCAAGAUGAUAACUAG